GAAGCUCUACCCCUCUUUUUCUCGUCGCUCCUUCGCUGUGCAAUCGAUAUUCCUUGCCUCGAUUGGUCUGGCAAUUGCAAUUGAGUCUGGCCUCAAAAGUCGUUCCGCUUGAUCGCGUCGCGUGUCCACUCGAGAGAGGCGGUCUUUUCAGUUUUCUUCCCCCUUCCCGCUUCUUCUGCUCUGUUCCCAGGCUCGCCAGCCGCUUAAUUGCUUCAUCUGAGACCUGUUCCGGAGUUUGCCUGUGCAACCUGCCCGCCAUGGCCUCGGCUCCCGCCACGUUCUACGAGCAGUUGCCGCUCCCGACGCUCGAUCGCCCCUUUGGCAUCCAUCUAUGGCCCAUCUUUGACAAGCUGUGGACGGCCGUCGUUGGCUACUCGGCCAAUGACUUCAAGUUCGUGCCCUUCGAGACGCCCAUGUCCACGCUCAAGUCGACGUCCAUCUUCAUCGUCGUCUACUACAUCAUCAUCUUUGGCGGUCGAGAGUUGAUGCGCAACCGCGAGCCCUUCAAGCUCAAGUCUCUCUUCCUCAUCCACAACCUGUACUUGACCGCCAUCAGCGCCUUUCUGCUGGCUCUCUUCAUUGAGCAGCUGCUCCCUACCGUUGUCCGCAAGGGCAUCUUCUUCGCCAUCUGCAACCACGAUGGUGGCUGGACUCAGCCCCUGGUCGUUCUCUACUAUCUCAACUACCUCACCAAGUACCUUGAGCUGCUCGACACCGUCUUCCUGUUCCUCAAGAAGAAGCCGUUGACCUUCCUCCACUGCUACCACCACGGUGCUACCGCUCUUCUCUGCUACACCCAGUUGAUUGGCCUGACCUCCGUCUCCUGGGUCCCCAUUGUCCUCAACCUGACGGUCCACGUUGUCAUGUACUGGUACUACUUCCAGAGCGCUCGUGGCGUCCGAAUCUGGUGGAAGGAGUGGGUUACUCGUCUCCAGAUCAUCCAGUUCAUCAUUGACCUCGGCUUCGUCUACUUCGCCUCGUACACCUACUUCACCUCGACCUACUUCCCCUACAUGCCCAAUGCCGGCAAGUGCGCUGGUGAGGAGUUUGCUGCCUUUGCUGGCAUUGGCAUCCUCAGCUCAUACCUGGUCCUCUUCAUUUCCUUCUACUUCGCGACCUACAAGAAGGACGGCAAGGCUACUACUCGCAAGUCCCUGCGCCGCAUGAGCCAGGCUCCUCUGCCUGACCCCGUCCACAUGGCUUCCCACGUCGGCAAGUCCAGUGCCAGCACCACUGGGGCCAAGACCAACGGUGCCACUACCCGAUCUCGCAAGGCUUAA